AUACGUAUAGAUAUGAGACGGUCCACGGUCCGAGAUGAAGGAAUGUGUCGUCCUGUGAUUCCUCCAGCAACUUCUAGCGUUUCUGAUGGUGGUGGCCUGACGAAUAAUCAGCGUGCUUGCACACCAACUUGCAGGCUAUCGUCCUCAAUAUGCUCUUUGGACUCCUCUCUUCCGUCCUCUCAUGGCCGACGAACAAAACUCGAAGCCUCCGCUUGCUUUCCAGCUUCAUGGUGAUGUCGCAAUCGUUACUGGGGCUGGUUCCCGAAUACUAGGUGAAAUAGGUAACGGACGCGCUACAGCCAUUCUCCUUGCGCGACAAGGUGCCAAAGUUGCUCUGCUUGAUUUCAAUCUUGAAUGGGCAGAGGAAACGAAGCAAAUGAUUACAGCGGAAGGCGGCGUAUCGGAAGUGAUUCAGUGCGAUGUGACGAAUGAAGAAUCGUGUAAAGCUGCCGUGGCUCGCACGGUAGAUCUUUUUGGAGCCGUACAUAUACUGGUAAAUAUUGUGGGUGUUUGGGGCCCCCAUGGAACUGUCGUGGACGUGGAUUUGGAGGCUUGGGAUCGGGACUUGAGAACUAACGUCACCAGCAUGGUGCUCAUGUCUCGUUAUGCCAUUCCUGAGAUGCGAAAGGUCGGGCGCGGCUCGAUUGUGAAUAUGUCUUCCGUAUCCGGCUUGAAGGGUGGAAUUCCUGGAGUUCUUUAUCCCACAUCCAAGGGGGCUGUUGUCCAGCUGACACGUGCCAUGGCCGCUCAUCAUGGACCCGAGAUGAUUCGAGUUAAUUGCGUCGCCCCAGGCAUGGUCUUUACGCCUAUGGUUCGUGGACGUGGGAUGACUGAAGAGCUGCGAAAGGCACGCAUUGACCAAAAUCUCAUGAAAAUUGAAGGAAAUGCUUGGGAUGUCGGAUAUGCUAUUCUUUAUUUAUCUAGCAAAGAAGCGAGGUGGAUUACGGGAGUAGUUUUGCCAGUGGACGCAGGGACGACGGCGGGGACAGCCAAUCGGCCCGCACUGGAGGAAGAUAAAACCUGAGAAAGGCUAGCAACGUUCGUCGGAUGUCCGGACCGAAUCAAGGAUCUCUGCGCC